GUCAGUGGUUACUACUAUAGGUUACCUACUUACGUUCAUUACACCCUCAUAAUACAUACUCAUGUCAAAUCAAGGACAAUUACAGUAUGCUGCCGCUGCACGAGCACCACUCAUCAAGUCGCCUAGCAUAAGGGUACCUCCACCUGUCGAGCUCCCACCCGAUAUUCAUCCACUCCCCGAUUCAGUGACAGCAUAUUUCGUCUAUCCCUUCACGCUGGAACCCCAUAUCCUAACAUUAGAAUCUUCGAGACGAACAACUCUUGCUGCACACGCAGCACGCAGGGAGGCAUAUCUGAAGGCUCGUGAAGAAGAGAAAGAACGACGGAAGCGCGAGGCUUUGCGACGUAUUGCACCAGGUUUCGAGCCACAGGGUGCCCCACUUGUCCCAACGAAAAGGUUUUCGGUAGACUUGCGUCCAGGUUCAGGCACAGAAAUUUCGAAUAGCGGCAAUGCACCGAGUGCGCAAGGUCAUAAUCAUUCAACCUCUGUAAUGGACGACUUAGUAGAACAGCUAGCGAGAAUGGAUUCCGCAUCGUGAUUAGUAUAUACCCUACUUGUACUGUGUAUUAUACACUGGAAUAUUGGAUGUAUUUAUGUAUCAUCAACAACCGAUGGGUCGAGACUCAGAGGUGCCGAAAUGAGAGAAACUCAGGAAUACGCCCUACGUGGAUACAUUAAUUUGAACG